ACAGGCCUGGCAUGUACUGUAGGAUUUAGUUCCACCCUGUCUUUGGCCCACACUCCAGUGCAAUAGGUGGCGGUAAUGCUGCACCAUAACGUUGGAUGCCUAGCGACAAAAAAAUAAACAGCAGUAGAAUAAGUGUGCAUGAACGGUUGUGGAGUUGUCUGACGACACGACCCUCUACCGGUUUGGCAGUUAGCUGAAUUCUGGCUAAAUAGCUACAUUUCUUGGACGCAAGUUACAACCUCGCCCCCAAAAUGGCUGAGGUAGAGGAAACCCUCAAGAGAAUUCAGGGUCAAAAAGGGGUGCAAGGAAUCAUCAUUGUCAAUGCUGAAGGCAUCCCUAUCAAGACCACCCUUGACAACUCCAGCACAGUGCAGUAUGCUGGACUCAUUCACCAGUUAGUGAUGAAGGCACGUAGCACAGUUAGGGACAUUGACCCCCAGAAUGACCUCACCUUCCUCAGGGUCCGCUCCAAGAAGAAUGAGAUUAUGAUUGCUCCAGAUAAAGACUAUUUCCUCAUUGUCAUUCAGAACCCUUCAGACUGAGAGGAUCACCUCCAUCUCUUUGCCGUAUUUGUUUUUUUCUAUUUAAUGGCCAAAUGUUUAUUUUAUUGUUUUAGCAAAAUGAUAAGUUGUACAAUAAGCUUUUGGGAGCUUGAUUCAUAUCAUCAUGGGUGGGUUGAUUAUAUGUAUGUUCAUGUUUAAUCAUUGCAGUUCCAUCUCCCCUGUCCGAAACGCUCUUUAUUGGCACAUAACCUUAUAAAGGAUCGUUGACUGUCAUUUUGGGGCGAAGUCCUUAACUUUUACUUAUUUAUUUUUGGUUUUGAAUCCAAUAGGUUUUAACAAUAUUCUUUGUAAACGUUGAGCAGUGUAUAACACAUCUGCUUCAUCAUUUUAUGUUGGUACCUUGUAAGGACCGAUAAGAUCUAUACAAUAAACAUUUAUCAUACAAAAGA